AUGCAUCCCCUGAGGAAUGUUUCUCAGGACGAUUUCGCCAAGCUCUGUGAGGCUUUAUGGGGCUGGAAACCAUGUGCCGAUUGGAUUGAGAAACGGAAAUGCCAAUGUCUCUCUCAAGACCCCGAAUGCCAUUACCAGAGAGCCCAAAGAUUAAAAACGUUCUUUGAUUUCUACAGAGAGACCACUACAUAUUACAUCCCCGAGCUCACUGGCAGCUCGCCUCCAGCUAUAGAAACUCACGAUGGCCUCAUUAGAAUUAUUCGAUAUAUCAAGCAACACGCAGACAAAGCUCGCCUACGAUUAACAAUAGAUUACUUCGGCAUCCGUGAACAUCCGGGACUUCAAAUAGAACUAUCAGACGAUCAUAACCGGGCUUUCACCCUGGCUGCACGCGUAAUAACUAUGUUUGAAUGUGCUACCAAGGAGCAACCUAAUGGACAACUGGAAGCCGGGCUACAACCUACUAUCUGGCAUAGUGACAAGUCGUUCAACCAAUUCGUUCUCUCGUGUAUCCCUAGGCAGGGCCAACAUCAGCUCAGACCAUAUAACGAUACGAUCCCGUGGCCUGGAGUCCCAUCAGGUUCCAUAACUAUGAAGAGGUUAAAAAAGAUUGCGAAACUUACCAUAAUACCAACCGACGACCUCGGGAAUCACCUUCUUCUGGACAGAAAGAAUGGCACUAUUGCAGUAUACCAUUAUACAAGCGUCCUAAAGGAACAUCUCUUGAUGACCCGUGAAUCGCGUGAUGGCACUAGAUCAUCUACUCAGCAACAUAGAAAUCUCCCCAAAGAACUCGCUUUGGAGACUUUAUACACACUGAAGCACGUCCUUUUCCCCAUCGAUCCAGAAUCGCGGUCUCUUCUUCAAUCCCUCGUCGUCAAAGACAAGUUCGACCCCGAUAUUUGCGACGAUAUAAAUACAUCAUGGCAACAACACGAAGGACCUAUCGCAUAUGAGCAUUGGGGCCUUCGGCUGAUGGAUCUAUACGACGAACUCCAAAAUCCCACUCCGCGCGGCCCUUUGGAGAAAUGGAUGGAGCGGAAUAGCGGUUCCAGGUACGUUAUGAUGGCGACGCUAGCCGGCGUCUUGAUUGCUGUUCUGCUCGGAAUUUUGAGCCUUGGAGUGAGCAUAUUUCAGGCGUGGGUUGGUUGGCAGCAAUGGCAACACCCAGUUUCUACUUAA